AUGUUGUCCAUACUGCAUUACGGCGCGUGGGUACUCACCCUCGCUGGCGUUGUUCUAUGUGAUCAUAACUCUAGCAACAUAGGUCUCUGGGACAGGCCGAGAGUUGCUUUGAUCAGAGACAAUGUGUAUCUUGAAGGUGGUUAUAUGCAAACCGGGGUGUAUACCAACGGUGUUUGGGAUUCAUUGGAGUCUUCUACCUCCUCUCAGGGCUUUUUGUACAAGCUCAGCCUGCAUGAGCCGUUUGAUACCACCAAGGCCAACCCUGCGAUAUUCCAAUCUAUCAACGAGGGGCCGCUCAGCAACUACUAUCUCGAUGGAUAUAUGUUCGCCGACUACGAUGAGUUUUACGCUUAUGGGUAA